AUGAGGAAUCUAGUCCAUCUCGCCAUUACGGCCACCUGGGCCAUCAGCGUCGCUGCCAAUUCGCACCAGCACCAGCACCUGCAUCGUCUUGUCAAGAAGGAUAAUCCAUCCGGGGACGAACAGCGGGUGCCCAACGCUAACGUGUUGGCGGUUUACGAGCUCGACGGCAAAUUCCUGCCAUCUGAAGAAGCAGAAGCUGGCUUGGAGAAAGGUAGUCUCGUCGUCAUCGGCGAAACCACGCCCAGCGUACCUCCACCCCCUCCUGCUAAGCCUGCGACCACCAGCGCUCAGAAUUCCGGUGCCCAAUUCCUUGAAAAACCUAGCAGUAUUGCUCCCCCGCCAAAGUCUACGAGUACCUCGCAGCCACUGCCUCCGUCUCCGCCCCCUAAGAGCACGCAGGCCCUCAAACCAAGCACUCCCAGCGGAGGAGGUACAGGGCUGAAUUCCGAGUUUCCCAGUGGUAAUUUUAGUUGCUCCAACUUUCCCUCUGAAUAUGGUGCCCGCCCAUUGGAUUACCUCGGACAUCGCGGAUGGAGUGGUGUUCAGAAUAUCGCUGACCCCGCCAACAUCAGAACUGCCGUCUCUGGUGAAGGUUGUGAACCUGGAUCAGUGUGCUCUUAUGCCUGUCCUGCGGGGUACCAGAAGACUCAGUGGCCAGAGGAGCAAGGCAAAAAAGGGGAGUCUUUUGGCGGCCUUCUCUGCAAUAGUGACGGAAAACUCGAGUUGACCCGUGAAAGCCAUCGACUGCUUUGCACCCCUGGUGCUGGCGACAUUUCUGUCCGGAACGAACUGACCGAAGUUGUCUCUACCUGUCGAACCGACUAUCCUGGCACUGAAAGCAUGACUAUUCCCACCGAGGCCGGACCUGGUGAAGAGGUCUUGCUAACCAAUCCUAUUGCAUCACUUUAUUACACUUGGGACGGCAAGCCCACCUCAGCUCAGUAUUACGUCAACAGAAAGGGCCUUACCGCGAGGGAAGCCUGUCUCUGGAAUUGUGCCCUCGAUCAGGACAAACCCUCAGCCCAAAAGUCAUGCGGCAACUGGGCUCCUAUUAUCAUUGGUGCUGGCCGCGAUAACAAGGGCGUCUCGUACAUUUCUGUUUUUCAGAACUCGCCAACAAGCAGCGCAAAACUUGAUUUCAAUGUCAAUGUCACUGGCAGUGUCACCUCUGAGUGCGGCUACAAGGAUGGAAAUUUCAUUGGCGGCAGCACUGGUUGCACUACUUCAUUGGAGCCCGGCGGCAAGGCUGUUAUUCUAUACUACUAA